AUGCCUCUGCCGCCCGACGCGCCCUCUCAGACCUACGUCACCGUCUCAGCGAUCCGGGGCGGCUCCAUCCAGCUCUUCCACAGCGACAUCUUUGGCGAUGUAGCGCCCGACGAGGGGCAGAAGCAGCGCUCGCAUGUCCCGUGUUUCGCGUUUCUUGUGGAUCAUCCGAGGGAGGGGAAGAUGCUGUUUGAUCUUGGGCUGCGCAAGGAUGGGAAGGGGUACCCGAAGGGUGCUCAGUUUGAUGCGGAUGAUCUGCUCGCGGAGUGUGCGAAUGAUGUUGCGGAGCAGUUGAGAGACGGAGGUGUUGAGCCUGGGGAGAUUAGGAGGAUUGUGUAUAGGUGCGUUUCUCUACACGAAGGCCAUCUGCACUUUGACCACGUCGGCGAUCCUUCGCCCUUUACCAAUGCAGUCCUCACCUUCGGACACGAGUCAAAGGACAUGGUCGAUGGCGCAGACACCGGUACCAGCGACUUCCUCCACCCUUUCCCGACGAACUUGAAGCGGGUCUACGUUGACUUCCACUCCGAUUCCACGACAACGACCGCCGACUCAGAACCGAGCGUGCUCAGUAGGAAAGCCUUCCCACUCGGCUCCUUUCCGCGCGCGAUCGACAUGUACGAGGACGGCUCGCUGUACCUGCUCGACGCGCCGGGGCACAUGCCAGGACACCUCGCCGUGCUCGCGCGCGUCGGCCCUUCCGCAUCCGCACCAGCCUCAGGCCCUGGAUCAACUGGAACCUUCGUCCUCCUCGCGGGAGACACAUGCCACGACCGACAAUGCUACGUCCCCACCCAGCACCAAGGCACCGUCGAGGACCCAGAGAGCCACCGCGAAACGGGGCCGCGCCCGCUGGCGAAGGACAACUACGCGGACGUGGCGGAGGCGACGCGCACGGUCGGGCUGCUCACGCGGAUGAGCGAGGAGCCGGGUGUGGUCGUUGUGCUCGCGCACGACAAUGCGUGUUUGGUGGAGGCGCCGAGGAUGCCUUUGUUCCCUGAUGAUCUGGGUGGUUGGGCUAGAAGGAAGGGGGCACUGAAGGUCGGGGAGUGA